AUGAAAAAUCACGAGGCACGACCUACUGGUUCUAUCCCAUUUCCUGAGGCCCACGAGGCACGACCUACUGGUUCUAUCCCAUUUCCUGAGGCCAAUGAGGCACGACCUACUGGUUCUAUCCCAUUUCCUGAGGCCAAUGGUGUGUCAUAUAACAAUGAAAAUACAAGAGGCCGUGGUCGUGGUCGUGGUCGUGGCCGUGGCCGUGGCCGUGGUCGUGGACGAAACCAUGGUUAUAAUCCCGGUCAUGGACAAAAUCGUCAUGGUGGUUAUAAUUUCAAAAAUAAAAGUUACCACCGAAAAUGGGAAAAUAAUGGUGCAAAACAUGACAAGGAAAAACAUGGAAAUCCUCCCAAAAAUGUUGAAAGCGCAUGUUAUCGUUGUGGCAUGACUGGCCAUUGGGAGCACACUUGUCGUACUACAAGGCACCUUGUGGAUCUCUAUCAAGCAUCCCUGAAAGAGAAAGGAAAGAAUAUAGAAUCCAACAAUGUUCUUGUGAAUGACGAUUUUGAUAUCACACAUUUGGAUGUGGAAGACUACCUUGGGCCAAUAGAGAAGAAAGAUUGA